AAGAAGAAAUUUCUUCAUCGAAGGCAAUGGCGGCGGAGGCGGAGGCGGAGGCGGAGGAGGAGGUGCGGCAGGAGGUGGAGGCGGUGGUGUCCGUCUACGGCGGCGACUGCCGCGUGGUGCGCGGGUCCCCUCCCCACCUCGUCGUCCACGUCCGCCCCCGCACCGCCGACGACUCGUCGCGGCAGUUUGUGGAGCUAUUUCUUGGAAUUAAAGCAUCUUCGCAGUAUCCAAAAGAACCACCUCAUGUUUAUUCUGUGGAGAGUAAGGGCCUUGAUGAGAAUCGACAGAUAUAUCUUAUUAGCAGCAUCCAAAACAAGGCAAAAGAGCUUUCCUGCUACCCAAUGCUCGUGACUCUGUGCGAGGAAGCUGUAGAGAUCCUCUCUAAUAUGAAUCAUCCAGCUGGUGAUUGCCCACUUUGUCUAUAUCCUUUAGUCCAAGAGGAUAAGGAUGGUUCUACUUUGCCAUUUAUGAAGUUAAUGUCAUGCUACCACUGCUUCCACAGUGACUGCAUUAUGAAAUGGUGGGAAUGGCUGCAAAAUGUUGACACCGAUUCAAAGAAGAGUAAUACAGCAGUAACUACUGAAGUUAUUCAUGCUUCUGAAGGAUUGGAUUUGUCCAGCUCAGCUAAGCAUCACAAUGUAAGUCAGCACAAAGGACUAUGCCCAGUUUGCCGCAAAGUGUUUGAUGAGAAGGAUAUUGAGCAUGUCAGUGAUCUGUUGGGUGCAAAUACUUCUAAACUGGCAUCUUUAACAAUUGAUCUGGAUGAAGAUGAAAAAGAACUGCUUCAUUCUGAAUCAGAGAAGAACAGGCGAGAGAAAUUUGCAUCACUGUUUAAUCUACAACAACAACGAAAUGGCCUGAUCGAACCAAAGAAAGACCUUUCCAUACAGCCUGGAAUGUACAUCCCUCGUCCUCCCAGCAUGCCUACUGCUGCAGAAGAAGCCACCAUUGAUGACUCUUGUAAGGACACCACAACUUCAACCUCAGAAGUGGAGCCGCACAGCCAGACAAACAGCACUGGUAGCACCACCAAGCACAACAGCAAUUCAGGUCAUCGAAGGCGACAUCGAUCUCAUGCUUCAAGAAGACAACCACCACAUGGCCAACCUGUUAGGCAACAAUGGCAGAGGAAGGGUGGUGGCACUUCACAGCAAUAGCAUCACAUUAAAGAGGAAGGUUGAGGAAGUGUGUUUUUUGUUGUCAGUUGCAAUAGUAUAAGCCUAGUGUUCUAUCUUUCAUGCCUCACCAACAGAUGGAUCGUAACAAGGCAGAACUAUCACAUGCUGUUUAUGACUAGGAGUAGAUCGUGCAUAGUGAUACACUCGGUUCCUACGAAUGCUGCUAAACUGAAGCUGCUACCUACUGUCGUGAAUAUACUCCAAUUCGUUGCAGAUCACCAGAGUUACAGAUCUGGCAAGCACUUCUUUUCAGACAAAAUUGCACUGAAUUCAAUUUGAGGUGCUUCGUGCUUACAAGAAUCGUUUUGUGUGAUUGAGAAUUUGAGAUCAUUGCCUUGACACUCUUUUUGUUGGAUUGACGGGUCACCUGCUCCAUGCAAAUUGACAUGAGCUUGGAUGCCAUGAUUCCGGCCAUCUGACCUAGCUGCGUGCAGCGUCCGCCCGGCAGGGAUCUUUGUAGUUCAGUUCUGAUUUCAAUUAGAAGUUCGGGAAUAUUUGUCCCGUUAACUAAUACCUCUCCUCCAAAAUAUAAUCAUUUCUAGGUUAUUUAGUAUAGAUUAAUAAGAUAUUAAAAAAUUCC